AUGGAAGGCUGGAACAAACUUCAAACAAGCAUCGCUGGCCUCAACAUUGGCCAAUCGGCCAAUCGCUUCGCCAAGGGCUUCAACUCGAGCGUGCAAGCCACCAGGGAGCGCCUCGGACAGAUUUCUGCAGAGGAGAUCACUGAGCUGCCGCAGGAAUACAAGGACCUUGAGGCUCGGGUCGAUGCCCUCCGCCAGUCUCACCUGACCUUGCUUAAGGUCACUAAGGUUUACGAAUCCGAGUCCUACGACUAUCCCACCCAAAUACAAGAGUCCCUCACUGAACUCGGAACUACUAUUGGACAUGGCCUGACCAACUUCGCUGCCACCAAUCUCAAGGGAACCAACCUCCCCGCCCCCGCCCCCAUCGUUGCCCCUGAACAUCAACACAAGACACUCCCGCAUGCCUUGGGGCGUUCGGCCACCCAGGCCGCGACAUCACUCCAGGCCGCGGCCGGCGCGGACGACAAACUCGCACGGGGCCUAACCGAAUAUGCGAGCGCAUGGCAGAAGAUCGCUGAUGCUAGGGUCUCCCAGGACGCGGCAAUUCAGGCAGGGUUCUUGCAGCCCUGGCAGACGACUUUAACGGCCUCGAUCGCCGUUGCGAUGAAGGCGCGCCAGGCGGUGCGCGUGAGCCGCCUCGAGCUUGAUGCUGCCAAACAGACGCUCAAGAAUGCCAACCCUGCGAAGCAAGAGCAGGCUCGAUUAGAAGUCGAAAAUGCCGAGGACGACCUCGUGCAGAAGACUGAAGUGGCCAUCACGCUCAUGAAAGCCGUCCUUGACAACCCCGAGCCGAUAAAGAACCUCAACGAGCUUGCCAAGGCCCAGUUGACUUUUUACGCUACCGCUGCCGAGUCUCUUGUAGCUGUGCAAGGUGAAAUUGAAGAGCUCAGUGUCGCUGCAGAAGGCGAAUACAGAAAGUCCCGUGAUCACUGA